UACCCGCAUAGAAUCUUGCGCUAUAAAGAGUCUACAGUGAAUGUAGAAAAGAUGACACCGGUAAAAUCAUGAGUGCAAUGGAAAAAUAUGGAAAUGGUCUUCUGAAAUGUAUAUGACUUAUUUGACAGUGGAGCGCUCAUUGUUGACACAACGCCUGAUGAAACCGGUGAAUGCUUCCUACUUCGAGAAGACGGUUAAACAUUUAUGAUAUAUCUUGUUUUCAUCUUGGAGGAAGAAGAGCUAUAGAGGUUUAUAGUGAAAAUGGUUUAUAUGCCUUGCUAUUUAUGGACCAUUGAUCGUCUUGAUUACUCUGAAAUAAUCUGGGAGUAAAACUCCAAAUCGAUGGGUGUCAAGCGGGGAUUGACGUGCUCCUUGAAGCGUCUUGUUGUCAUGACGAUAUGGAUCGGGAUCGGAUGUCUUGCUAUCAGUGUGUUUCGCGCCCCUUCCGAAUAUGACAUGUCACGUGACCCGUCCAGAUCACAGCUCCUACCACUUUUAAGGGCCGAUGUCAGCAGACAAAUAAACAUGCAUCCUGAUACCACAUCUUCUCGGGACAAGAACAGUGACCAGCUGGCUGGUAUGAAAGGAAAAGAGGAGAAGAAGUCAGGUGACGAACCUAAACGGGUGGUCAAAGUGGUUAGGGUCAUACGACGAGUUGUUCAGAAAGUGGUCACCUCCGAUGCUGACCAAACCUCAACGAAGGAUGUCCUCAAGUUCUUUAGCCACGCCUCUAAGCUUCAUCCAGCAUCAGCAUCCAAGAACGAGAACAAUAAUUUUCCGGUCACGGACAAGUUAUGGAAAUUCAGUAAGAUGGAGGCAGAGAAGAUCUACCUCUUUAGGCAGCUACUAUCGAAACCUUGGAAACCUAACCCAGAGCAUCUUCGUCAAUUCAGAGAGGAGUUGUUGUACGAACCAAGAAGGCGCCCAAACAUGGUCGUUGCCACACAGAAGAAUACAAACGCCAACAGUGUAUUACAAUUUUACAUCACUUCAAAAACCCAGAGACACGAAUUCAACAACGGCACUCAUUUUAUCAUGAACGAGUCGGUGUAUAAUUCAUUUCCUCACAACUCUCCUUUUCGACAUAAACGAUUCAAAAAGUGCAGUUUAGUUGGAAACAGCGGAUCGUUACUGAACAAUUCAUGUGGAGUAGAAAUAGAUGAUGCAGACUUUGUAUUUAGGUGUAAUGCGGCUCCGUUACAGAAUCACAGCGAGGAUGCCGGCUUUAAGAGCAACUUCACAACAUUUAAUCCUAGUAUUUUCUUUAAAAGAUUUGGUGGCCUUGCCAAUGAAAGCAACCUCUCGGAAUUUCUUCAUCAAAUGAAAGAAUAUUCCGGGUAUCUAUGGUUUCCAUGUUUAAGCAGCCAUAGGUACACAGAUAUAUGUCUUAACGCUUCUUUCUUCUACAACAAUUCUGAAAAUCAGUUUGUGGUCGGUCACCCGGAACACUUUAAAGCAAUCUGGCAAUUCUGGAAAGACCGUAAUGUCACCAAGAUUAUAUCAACAGGUUUUUAUGUAACAAACUUUGCCUUAACGGUAUGUGACGAGCUUCAUCUGUACGGCUUCUGGCCAUUCCCAAACGAGUUCCGCUCUGAGGCGAUGAGAAACGUUCCCUAUCAUUACUUCGAUGAAGAACAUUUUAGUACCUCCCACGCCAUGGGCGAUGAAUUCAUGAACCUUCUGCAACUACACGAGCUCGGGAUCCUGAGACUUCACACAAAUAGCUGUGUGAGGUGAUCGAUGUUCAUACUCACAAGGCUAGGGGCACCAGACUAUGGUGGCC